ACCAGCAGCUGCGCGUCGCAUCGCAUCCUCCUCUCCUCCGCCCUCCACACCACCGCCGCCUCUCGCAACUCCGCUGCCACGCACCGUCCUAAUUCCUAUCCGCCCUCCUCCUUGUCGCCAUGGGGAGCUUAGGUACCUACCGUUUCAAAUGGCCUCAUGCCGCCGAAGAGGUCAUCGUCACCGGCACCUUUGACAACUGGGCCAAGAGCAUCAAGUUGGACAAGAAGAACUGGGUGCACGAGAAGACCGUGGAGAUCCCCCACACCAAAGACGAGAUUCUGUAUAAAUUCGUCGUCAACGGCCAGUGGAGAACGGAUCCGUCGCACGCCAUCAAGAGGGACCAUGAAGGCAACGAGAACAACGUCCUCGAUCCUGAAGACAUUCUUCCCGCUGCCGCCGGUGGCAUGAUCACCACCGUCGCACCAGGCGCAACCACCGCUGCUCUCGCUGGCGCACAGCCUCUCACCAACGCCACCAAGGACAUGCCCGGUGCAUUCCCCAGCACCCCCAUGGAAUCAGGCCCGGUCCCCACGCUACAAGAUCGCACCGUUGGUGUCAACCCCCUCCCGGCCACCGCGGGCGCUGGUAACCCCAUCAGUCUGCAGCCGGGUGAGAAAGUGCCCGACCCUAGCACCUUUACCAGCAACACCAUUGCGAGCACCGUGACUACCGACAAGGCUUCCUACGAAAGAGGUGCAGGCGGUGUGACGCGGUCCUCGCCAGACAAAGUGGAUGACUCUGCUGCACACUUCGGCCGACCAGCAGCGGGCGGCACCAUCAUCCCCGAAUCAAGCUUGCCCAUGGGCAACAGCGGUCAAAAGGAUGUCACCGACCCGACCAUCUCCUCUGCCGGUCCAGGCAGCACCACCGCCGCUCUCGCAGGACAGCAACCCAUCCAGCCCCGCGGCGAGCCGCAAGUGAUUAGCAAAGAUGCGGACGCCAACAAGGGCCAGGGAAUUGCAGGCUACGCCGCAGCAGGCGUCGGAGCUGCCGGUGUAGCUGUAGCAGGCGCGGCCGUGGCUGCCAACAAGCUAGUCAAAGACAAGACCGGCAAGGAUCCCGUCAGCUCGCUCCCGCAAAGCGCUCAGGACGCAAUUCACCAGAACGCCGAAUCCUCCAACCUUCCGGAGAAGGUGGGCGCCGAGCGCGACACCGCUACGACUGUGCCCUCGGAAGUCAAGGACUCCUUGAAGGAGGCGGGCCAGGCACCAGAAGCCGCGUCGAAUGCCACCGCAGUGCAGGAGAAGAGCACGGUGGAGAAGGAGCUGUUGUCCAAGGUUCCCGAGACGAAUGCUCAAGGCGCCCCAGCACCCACGCAGAGCGCCACCACUGCAGCCAACGCCCCGACCACCACCUCAUCGACUGGAGCGCCGCAGCUCGGCGAUCCCGUUGCAGGCGGAUUGGCACCGAUCAACUUGAACGACAAAGCCGCCCCGACCGCAGUGGCAGGAGGAUUGGCGCCGACCACGCUGAACUACAAGCCCGAUGCGACUGCCGGUUCGGCGCCGACCACCCUAGACUACAAGGCCGCCCCGACGGCCGUGGCAGGAGGUUUGGCCCCAACCACGCUGAGCGACAAGCCCCAAGGUUCCACCGGCGCGGCCUCGACCGCAGCCCCCACGGCCGUAGCAGGAGGUUUGGCCCCCACAACCCUGAGCGACAAGCCCCAAGGUUCCACCGGCGCGGCCUCGACCGCAGCUCCCACGGCCGUAGCAGGAGGUUUGGCCCCCACAACCCUGAGCGACACGCCCCAAGUCACCACCGGCGUGGCCUCGGGCGCCGCUCCCGCAACGAGCACUCCCAGCCAUCCGUCCGCCACCACCGCCGCCCACACCAGCAACGUGGCCAGCACGCCUCACAAGGACUCGACGACGACGACUCCCACCCCGGCCGUCCUGCCGACGCACCAGGGUACGCCGACCAAGAGUUCCGCCGGCGGCAGCUCGCCGUCCACGCCCACGAGCAAGACGAACAAGCGACGGAGCUUCAUGCAGAAGAUCAAGGACAAGCUUCAUCACAAGGACUAGAGGAGCAGGCAUCCCUUGCGGAUGCUGCAAAAGAACAAGAGAGUCGUUUGUGUCCAAUUGUAUAUAAAUCUUGCGUUCAUUCGGGUUUGGCUCUUGUCGUGUUUGCUCGAGGUUGACGGGGAUGAGGGGUUGGAUUUAGUGUGUGCGGGUUUCCGUUUCGAUUAUACCACUUCUGCGCGACGGUGUGUGUUGUUCAUAUCGAAAGCAUGAUGUGUGCUGAAGGGGUUGGACAGGGUAG